AUGAUGAUGAUGAUGAUGAUGAAUGAUGAUGAUGAUGAUGAUGAUGAUGAUGAUGAUGAUGAUGAUGAUGAUGAUGAUGAUGAUGAUGAUGAUGAUGAUGAUGAUGAUGAUGAUGAUGAUGAUGAUGAUGAUGAUGAUGAUGAUGAUGAUGAUGAUGAUGAUGAUGAUGAUGAUGAUGAUGAUGAUGAUGAUGAUGAAUGA